CCAGGCCAGAACGUCACGCCGUGUGGCACUGGCAGCAGGUGUAACGUGGCCUCCGCGUAUCCUCCGCGUCACCACGUCGCACACACGUCGCCAACGCAGUGUCACGUGCUGGCCAACCAGACGAGUCACGCUUAACUCGUCUCCCCUUUUCCUCACGCUUCUCAACGCGAGGGCAGCGUUGCUUUGCUCGUGUUCUCCACUCCACUCGAUCAGGAUACUUUCGGUGCUGAGUCGAUCGGUUCGACGAUCGGUUUGAGAUCCAUUCUUCGGAAUCGUUCGUGACACGAUGUCGACGCGCGACGUGAUCCUUCGACGAUGAUCUCGUGGCUGAUUCAGCGAGUUGAUACGUGAGCUUCAUGCGAAAGAAACUUGCGUUACGUUCGAGUAUUGUGGUUCCUAGUGGUGUAGCAGUUGGUUUAGGAUACAGAGACGUGUUUGGCGAGACGACGUUGGAGACGGAUGUUUGGUGGUCCUUGGAGGUUUCGCUCGUGUCUCCGUUUCGGUAAAUUGUUAGGGAGUAACUGUCGAGAAUAUUCGACGUCUAUCGGGGACGAUGCAAGUGUUUCGUCGAGGACAGGAAUAUCCUGUAUUUGUUGGAUCGUUGUUUAACGUUGGUGAAUAUAGAAAGUAGUACUUUUGCGAACGACUGAUUUGUCGAAAUUAAUUGAAUAAAUUAAGGAACAUGUGAAACGAUAUAAAAAGGAAUCGCAGAAACUGAUAAAACUCUAAGUCGCUGCUGAAUUUCAGCGUCUCUGUCCACUGAAAAUAUGUGAAAAGAGGACGAGUUGCGAGUAGUUGCGAGAAGUAACAGAAACUGACAAUUUGGAAAUAAAAAAAAAGAAAUCGUGGGAACCACAUCCAGUGAUAAUAUCCAAGAGAAACCUCACGGAUGAGAAAUAACUAACUCGAACUGACAACUGAGGAAUGCAAGAACGUUGCUACCGAAUUCCAGCGACAGAAUAUAUUUAAAAUUGCAAAUAAGAGAAACCGACAACUUAGAAAAUUGAACAGAGGAACUGCGACUGAGUCUCAGUUACAUCCAUCACGUUCAGGAAUAUUCAGGAAAGCAACGCCGUAAAUAAAAAGAAAAAAAUAAUCAAAUUCGACGAAACUAACGACUUGGAGAGUCACGAGUUCAAGCGUUCAACAGUCGAGAACGAUACGACUGUAAGUGAAAAAAAAAAAAAAGACAGAAACAAGAAAGAGCCUCGGUAACACCGAUCACAUACAAAAAAAAAAAAAAAACAAAUUUGAAACAAAUUUGAGAAAAAGAAUCAGUCGCAGCCUCGACCAGCGAUCAAUCCCCCAAAAAAAAAAAAAAAAAAAAAAAACAGAGUGUGCACGUGUUCGAUGGAAAUUGACGCGUGUGGAUAGAGCGGCGUAGUUUCCGAGUGAUCGAGCCGAUUGGAUGAUAUUUUUGCGAGGUACGCAGGUCAGGACGAAUUAAGUGGCGGAAACGAACGCGUGCUGCGAGGUUGUUCGUUUCAGUUGGUCGGCGAACGACGCGAGCCGCGGUUCGCGAAAGGAAAAAACGUGAACAAGAAGAAAGAGAAAAAGCAUGAACGCGAUCGAGGGAUGUAGUGUGUGUACGUGUGCGUGCUGGUGCGAUUUGUUUUUACCCUGGGGCCAGUGUUGACGGGAAGUGGCGGUGUUUGUCACGUUUCCGGAAGUGAAUGGCAACGAGGGGACCCUGCCUAGCCACGAACGACAGUUUAUUGCGCCGCUCAGACAGAGAGACGAUCUCUUCCGUGACGUUCGAUCGAAGUAGCGGGUGAAAUUCCAGGAGAACCGGAAGGUGGCAAAAGAAAGGAGGAUUUAUCUUGCAUUUCCAACCUGCGUCAACAUACUUCACGCCGAGGGUCGUGUCGAGCAGAUAGUGAAAGGACAUUUAAUUCCCCCACGUCGCGGCGAAGGACAGCGCCCGGCAUAGCGAGAGGGAAAUCCACGGAUUAUUUCUCGUGCUCUGGCUGCACGUCUAGCAGCACGGGAUGGACACUUAGAGAGCUUUAUGAAUCGUGCGCGACGCCGGACUAGGUGAAGUGGAGGUGAUCUCGGCGAGCGGUCGACAGACCUUCGAGGCCGUGGCUGAAGUCGUGUUCGACGGUUAUGCUGCUGGCGUCGCUUCGAGUGGCCGCCAGCAAAUGCUGUCAUGCUCUUGCCAUGCCAGCCGGCGGCCAGGAAGAGGCCGCUGGCCACGAGGUCCUUGAGCAAAUCGAGAAGCUGCCUCGUGCUGAUUAUCGUCGUCGUGCUAAUCGGCCGCGAGGGAUCGCGAGCUGCCACGCAGGUCCGCUACGCUUCGCGCAUCGUCGAGACCAAGAGUGGGCAGAUACGUGGGAUUCUUCAGGAUUUGAACAGCAGGCACUUGGAUCCCGUAGAAGUGUUCCGGGGCAUUCCGUACGCGGCGCCUCCCGUAGGAGAUUUACGUUUUCGGCCACCGAUAUCACCGAUCCCCUGGGACGGUAUCAAACUGGCGGAUUCCUUCGGCGCUGUUUGCCCCCAGCACUUCCCGGACAUCAGCAAUGACACAGCUGCUUUGCUGCAAAUGCCUCUGGGCAGGUACCAACAACUGAAACGUUUGUACAUGUUCCUGGCCAACCAGAGCGAGGACUGCUUGUUUCUGAACCUGUACAUACCCGGCAGUGGAUCACGAGGAUUAGAAGCACCAUACGCCGUGAUGGUGUACGUUCACGGUGAAAGUUUCGAAUGGGGAACAGGAAACAUUUACGAUGGGUCCGUCUUGGCUAGCGCUGGCCACGUUAUAGUAAUCACACUUAAUUACCGUCUUGGAAUCUUAGGUUUCUUGAGGACACGGCCGUAUCCAGACAGAACGCCAGGAUCUGGUGGGAAUCUGGCCUUGAAGGAUAUCGCUAUGGGACUGCGCUGGGUACGUGAAAAUAUCGCCGCUUUUGGAGGUGAUCCGACAAAAAUCACGUUGAUUGGACACGAUACUGGAGCUGCUCUGGCGAACCUUCUCCUACUUGCGCCUUAUGGCAAAGGUCUGUUUCAUCGAGUUGUGCUAUCGAGUGGCUCUGCGUUAAGCCCGUGGGCGUCUGUUCACGAUCCGAACGACCUACGGUUGAAAGUAGCUGAGCAAAUAGGAUGUACCACCGAGAACGACGAAGAUAUUGCCGACUGUCUACGCGGCGUUUCUCUCCGCGAGCUCAUGGCUGUUGAACUGCCGGAAAUCCGGUUCGUGCCACGGAUCGGGCCGGGCUUACCAGUGGACCAAAACAAUCCCGAUCCAGGGCUGGAUAUGGAAAGGGCCAGCGAUACGUUCAUCAAAGUACCUUUGAUCCUUGGUGUUUCCACCACGGAAUCGAAUCUAGAUUUUAACGCGAACGACAUUCAAUACGGAUUCGAGGAGGAUCACCGGAAUCGGAUUUUGCGGACGUUCAUUAGGAACGCUUAUGUAUACCAUUUGAACGAGAUAUUCUCGGCGGUGAGGAACGAGUACACGGACUGGGACAAGCCUAUCCUUCAUCCUAUCAUUAUAAGGGAUUCAACGAUGGAGGCAUUGAGCGACGGUCACACCGUGGCACCUCUAAUGAGGAUCGCGUUUUAUCAUGCAAGAAGAGGAGCCAAAACGUACUUCUAUCACUUUAGCCAUCAGACGAAGGACACCGGCCUUUUGCAGCGCCUGGGCAGUAUUCGCGGCGAGGAUAUCCCAUAUAUCUUUGGAUUGCCACUGGUGGCUGGCGGAGUUUUCUUCCCUCGGAAUUACUCUCGCCAGGAUCAGGGCGUAGCCGAGGCAGUUCUCACGUUUUUCACGAAUUUCGCGAAAACCGGCAAUCCGAACGAGCCGCACAAAAUCGAAUCGGUGGAUUACGGCACGCCGAAGGAGAAAACGCGAUAUCGCGGUCUCACGUGGGAACAAUACGAGACUGGGACUCAACAGUACCUCGCAAUCGCGAUGAAACCGAAAAUGAAAAGCCACUAUCGUGGACAUAAAAUGGCGGUUUGGCUGAACCUGAUACCGCAACUUCAUCGGCCUGGAGACGACGAUGUCUCUAUGAGGCAUCAUCAUUUUCGCGAAAGAGGCGACCACUUUUAUGCAGGACCAGUUCGGGACGAGUGGUACACUCCUCUUCCCCUCGUUGGAACAACCAAGCCAAGCGCCUCGUCGACAACAGCGUGCAGCACGUCCACAGGUGACGACACUAUCACCGAAGACAUUACACCUAUUUUGGACGACUCGGAGGACGACGCUGAACUGUUACAAAGACUAGCUUCUCGUCAUUACUACAGCACUACUACAGCGCUUGCGAUCACUGUGGGGGUCGGUUGCAUUCUGUUGGUCCUCAACAUGUUGAUAUUCGCUGGCAUUUACUAUCAGAGGGAUCGCGAUAAGAAGAGGGCAGCGAUGGAUUGCACUCCAAACGGGCAGGAGUCACUGCCAAUGACAACCAGAUCGUCCAUGAAGGCUCCGGAGAGUCCAAGGCCAGCGCAGGAACCACCGCCGUCGUACACUACUCUCGCGAGAAGCCCUUCGAUCCAGGAACACCAACAGAUUGCUCAGAGUCAGUCAACGGACCUCGACGAACAGCCGAAGAACGAACAGAAAUCAGGCCACGGGACCAGCAACGCCAUCCACAAGGAUCCCAUGCCGCCGAAACCUCCCACGAGAACGACCAGCUCUUUGAGCACUAGCAGUGGCACCAAUACGAUUAAAAAACGUGUGCAAAUACAGGAGAUAUCAGUAUAGCAUUAGGGGUUGCCCCAAGAGGGCAACAUGAAAACCAAGAAGGUGACUUUCGUAGAUUUCGAGGCGAUCGGCGAGUCAAAGUUUUGAGAAAAGUUUGCACGAAUGUGGAUUAACGAUAAGUGUCAUCCGAUCAUGGCACCAGAGAAUUGGGCAAAGAGAAUUCUCUCUUGAAAGUUGUAGUGAAACAUUAAUGAACAAUGGAGACUGUUGACAUUACUCUCGAGGAAGAAUCAGUUUUAAAGCGACGUUCAAUUGUAUGUUAAGUAUCCUUUAAUUAUUCUGAUGUAUAAACAGCGAUAACUGCCAUAUGUCAUUGAAAGGACAAAGUGCUUUUACAGAAAGGCUUGAGAGACUAAGAGUGUUCCUCGAUUAUGCACCUUAUUAACUCUAUGCAGCAUCUUGAAUGUGUUUCUUUAUAUAGUGCGUUUCUGUCACAAAACGCUAUCAAAGUUAUGUAUUGCGAAGAAGAAGCAUUCGAAAUGAGUUGAUCAAAUUUCACCGAGCUAUUUCUUUUCACGAAACGUGUAACUUGACCACAAGAACACUAUAACUGUUAACUAAGAGUGGAGUGUUUUCCAGAAUAUCUGAUGUUGGUUUUGUUUUUCUACAAAUAUAUUGUUGAAUAAUUGAAACGUAACAAAUAUGUCUCUUCUUUUCACUUGCUCUUUAUUUUACACAUUUGAAAUAAAUUUCAAAAUCUCUACGACAUUUAUCUCACACACGAAAGUAGACAAAAGUUGGAAACGUAUCUAAAACUUUCAAAUCGAACAGUAUAUUUGAGGAAGAAUGAAAUCGAUAAUGUAAAUUUAUGAGUUAGCACUGUAAUUAUCUCACAAUCAGUGUUCUUUCAAGUGUUCUUCUCGUAGCUGGCAUCCAAAAUGAAUUAGCAACGAUCACGUGAUUAGAAUAACUUCUGGUAUGACUAGAUUCGUGAAAGAUUCCUACUUCCGUUUAUGGGUACAAUUUAAAAGCCGUUUCGUGUCUUUUCUAUUCCAAGUAUUGAAAGUUGUGCACGAAAUCGCACAGGGAUAAUCAAUUAAAUAACAUUUAUAUAACACAAUUCGUAGAAAAUUGUAUGGAAAGAUGAUCGUUUAAAAUGACUUCUACAAUUGAAGAAACGACAAUUCCAUUUCGUAACGUCACUGUAUACAUGAUAUACGAAAUGAUUUUUUUUUUUUUCCAGAAGCAAAAUUUGUAGACAAAAUUAAUAGAAAUCUGUGGAUGAAAAAUCACAAUGUUAGUUUGAUUUAUCAUUGAAAAUUAUUAUCUACUCUGAAUGUAUUUCACCUUAUUUCGUCUCGCGUGAAACGGAAAUUGAAGAACUCUGUCAAUUUUGUUACCUCCUCAUCAUCUUGAUAUCAUCGUUCACUAAUUAAAGGAAAAAAAAAAAAGAAAAACAAAACUAAAAAAAAUGUAUACUUAAGCGCUCGAUAC